AUGGACGGGUUUGAGGAGAAGCUGGCCGAAGAGGUGAGGAAAUAUCCUCACAUCUACGAUUCUUCAGCAAACCUCAACCUGGAUGUUGUGAGCUCUCCCUCUGUAACACCUCUAUCCACAAUAUGCUUGGAGGACCUGGCCACUCUCCUUCCUGAAAUCUCACCUCCAGCAGCUCCGAUUCCCUCCCGAGCCUUCCUGAUUCCACCAUCACUUCCAUCUACUCCAACUCUUCCUCCACCUCAACCUCCAGUUAUCCCAACUCUUCCUCCACCUCCAGCUACCCCAACUCUACCUCCACCUCCAGCUAAUAAUUCUUCAUCCUCAUCCUCGAUGCCACAAGCAUGGAGGGGUACAAAGAGAAGAAUCGGGGAUGAUGUGAUUCCUGAGAGGCUGGAUCAACUAAAGCAGCUCAGAGAGGAGAGGCAGGCCCAGGCUUGUAAUGAGGACUUCCAUUUUGGGCAGGCUAUGGCAGACAUGCUUCAGAAACUGCCCCCACGGCAGAAAUCUGAAGCAAAGUUCAGAAUUUACCAACUUCUUUUUGAGAUGGAAAAAGCACUGUACAACCCAAGUGAAGAGUAG